AUGUCUGAGGAGGUUCAUGCUGAGGGAAGCGUGAAGCCAGGUAGCACCGAGGCAAGACUUACUGAAUGUCCUCUCUGUUUACACCAGCUUAGAUGUUCGAGGUCCCUGCCAUGGUUUCAUACAUUUUGUGAAGAAUGUCUGAAGACAUCGAUCCUAAGUCAAAGGCAAGAUCCGAACGAGGAGUCCUCCUUCCAAUGCCCUGUGUGUGGAGUUGUUACACUGCCUGUAGACCCAAAACAGAAUCGUGAUGAGUGGGCCGCAGAGUUUGUAGCCAACAAACUUAUCAUCGAGCUGACGUCACAGAGCGACGGCGAUAGCAAGCAGUAUAACUGUUAUCCUUGUGGUAAAAAGGGACAGAAGGAUAUCGUUGCAACUGUCUGGUGGAAGGAGUUCAACAAAUAUCUCUGCGAUUCUUGUAAGAAGAACGAUCUGAUAUCCGAAGAUGACACUCUCGUUUCCAUUGACGCAGACUUCCUUCCUUCGUCUGCGCUUUGUUCCAAACACUCUACCGACGUCGAUAUGAUUUGUGAUGACCACCACAGCAUUUGCUGCCCGAAAUGUAUAGCUAUAGACCACAGGCGUUUUGAUACCAUUCACAAUUAUGCUGAUGUUGUCAAGAACAUGAGAACACCAUCGCAAAUGGAAAACACGCAGAAGAAACUACAAAAUGCCAUCGACGCAUUGACAUUGAUUGUCAAGGAUAUGAAAUCCCGGAUUCAGGAACUUCUCGGGGAUAGGGACAGUUUCAUAGAUAAUGUAAAACAGUUACGGGCGAAAAUAGAAGAGCAACUAAACAAGUUACAGAAAGCGUUAUCCGAUGAAGCUCAUGCUGUCUUCAAUGACAAAAAGCAAGAACUUGACGGUGUCAUACGGAAAUGUGAGCUGAUGAAAGGGUGCAUAAUGACGACAAAGAGCAUGACAGAGACGGAACAAAUUAACAAAAACGACAUGCACAUGGUUCGCACGUUUCAGAAGGGAGAGAUUGAGAUCGAGGCUGGUCGUAGACUAGUGCAGGAGCUAGCAGAACCUUAUCUCACAAGGUCGAACAGACCAAAACAGACGAGGACUACAACGACAGACGGAGAAACUCUGAGGACGAGAACACCGAAAAGGGAGAAGAAAUGGCUCUGUUGUUGUCAGCAUUGUCGUUAG